AAGUGGUUCCUUCCACGUGAAUGCGAGUUGACUUGGCUAAGUUGACUUCAUUUUCACUAUUCUUCCUUACAUUUUCUUCCAUUUUUGUUUGCAGAUCUCACAAUAUAUAUCAACUAUUUACACAUUAGUGAAAAGCACUUGCAAAAUUUGUUCACUAGCUUUUGCCUUUUUCUUUGUAGCUAGAAUGGAUAAUCACACGCAAAAGAGUAUCAAUUUUGAACCACUCAUUUGGAAAAUUGAGAGUUUUUCAGAACAAAACACCAAGAAUCUUCGAUCCAAGUCUUUCCGAAUAGGAGGUUAUAAAUGGAGGAUUCUGUUGCAUCCAUUAAGGAAAAAUGUGGAGCAUUUUUCAUUAUAUUUGAUGGUUGCGGAUUCUUUACCAGCUUAUGGAUGGAGCAGAAAAGCACAUUUCAAAUUGGUUCUUGUUAAUCAAACAGAUGACAACAAGUCGGUUGUAAAAGAGACUCAUCAGAAGUUCAACGGUGGAUAUCGUAGUUGGGGCUCAUUGUUUCUGAAUCUAAGUGAUUUCCAUGACUCGAAACAAGGCUAUCUUGUGAACAACACAUGCAUCAUUGAAGCUCAUAUCAAUGUUCAAGCUUCAUCACAUAGAGAAUCCUCAAAACAAGAAGAUGUCAAUGAAGCAUCAGAUGAAAGUAGUACAAUAGGAUCGUUUGAUUCCAAUGAAACAGAAACAUCAGAUUUGACACUAAGGGACCUCUUAGAUUUGGAGAGUUUAAGAGAUGAAGAAGCAGUUUAUGUUCCAUUGUUAGAGGAAGCAUGUGUUUGGCAUCCUUCUUUGAUAAGAAGCCAAAGUAAAAGAACUCAAAGAUUUAAAUCAUGGGCAUUCUCAUCUUUAGGUCAAGUUUUGCAUAUAUUAAAGACAAGUAAAGUGAAGGAUAUGAAUGAAGAAGUGAGCAACAACCUUAGAGGUUUAUGGGAGGAACUUGUUAUGGCCUCUGGAUUUAACCUAGAUUGGUUGAAACCUUAUGUUGAAUCUGCAUUGAGUAUGGAAAAACAUUUGGAAAGGGUAUUGAAAGUGAAUGAAUUGAAGGGAAGUAUUGUUGAUUUAGAGACAAAAAUGAAGAAACUGAGAGGAGAAUUGGCUGAGGCAGAAGUUGAGUUUGAGGAAACAAAGAAAGUCAUGAAUGAGUUAAGCAAAGGUUACAUAGAGAUUGAUUUGAAUGCUGAUUUAUCUUACAAUGUUUUUUAGUAUCUGAAUUUAUAAUGUGAUUACUUUAAAGUUGUAACAAAAUAAAUUUUCGUUACUUUAAAGUAGAUUCUUCUUAGUGAUACGAUGUAUGGUAACACUUGUAAAUGUUGUCGUUUCUAAUAUAGUGUGUUAGGUGUUAAACAAAGCCAACAUCUUAAAAGUUUUGUAUUAAGGGAUGAGAUUCUCUUA